UUGCACUCACUCAAAUUCCGCAUUGCUCCUCGCUUGCUUGCCCCUUCGAUUGCUUGCUGAUAUUCUUUCUCUUCUCGCUCGUAUCAAACUGCAAACCAUCAAACAACAUGACUGGAGAAGUGCGCACCGUCUUCCGUGGUGGGAUUGUGCAUUGCGUAGACGCCUCGACGACGCAGCUGCUUGAGGACGGCGUGCUUGGCCUCGACCAGUCCAACCGGAUUGUCUUUGUGGAGGACGGCAGCCAACUCGCUCUGCUGCAGGAUCGCUAUGGCUUUGCUGCCGACGCGCGCACAAUCCAGCUCAAGCCGCACCAGUUCCUGAUGCCUGGGUUUAUCGACACGCACAUCCAUGCGUCGCAGUACCCAAACGCCGGCACGGGCCUCGACAUGCCGCUGCUCCAGUGGCUCGAAACGUACACCUUUCCCACUGAGGCCAUGUUCGCCAACCCAGAGUUUGCGCAAAACGCCUAUGAGAAGGUUGUGCAGCGAACGCUGCGAUCUGGCACGACCGCCUGCUCGUACUUUACCACGAUUCACCGAGAGGCCAGCACGACGCUUGUUGAGACCUGUGAGCGGUUGGGCCAACGUGCAUACGUCGGCAAGGUGUGCAUGGACCGAAACUCGCCUUCUACCUACAUUGAAGUCACGAACGAGUCAAUCCGCGAAACGGAGGCAUUCGUCCAGGCGACUCUGGCGCGAAACUCUGAGCUGGUCACCCCGAUCGUCACGCCUCGGUUUGUGCCAACCUGCUCUUCGCAGCUCAUGACCGGGCUCGGCGAAGUGGCUCGACGCUACAACGUGCCCAUCCAGUCACACGUUUCUGAAAACGCCGGCGAGAUUGAAUGGGUCAGGCAGCUGCAUCCUCAGUGCAGCAGCUACUCUGACGUGUACGAUGUCCACGGCUUGCUCAACUCGAAAGCCAUCAUGGCUCAUGGCGUCCAUCUGAGCGAGGCUGAGAUGCAGCUCCUUUCGGCCCGCAAGGUCGGCGUGUCCCAUUGCCCAUGCUCCAACUACGGCAUCUUGAGCGGAAUUUGCCGAGUUCGUGACUUGCACCAGCACAAUGUCAAGGUGGGCCUCGGCACGGACGUUUCUGGCGGCCAUAGCCCGGCGAUGCUCGAGUCGCUGCGGCUUGCGCUGAUCGCCUCAAAGACUGUCCACUUCCAAGAACCAGCUCUUGCACCCUUGCGUCUGUACGAAGGCUUGCAUCUGGCCACCCUAGGCGGCGCUGAGGUUAUGGGUCUGCAAGAUCAGAUCGGAAACUUUGCUCCUGGCAAGCAUUUCGACGCAUUAAUCGUCGAUCCGAGCUCCAUUGACUCGCCCAUCGAUGUGUUUGCCAAGGACAAGUUCAGCGAUCGUGUUGAAAAAUUCUUGUUCAACGGCGACGAUCGCAACAUUGUGACAGUUUUCGUGAAUGGCAAGGUGGUCAAGCGUCUCGCAUCUGCGCCCGCCCUCACGGCCGACUUUUAGUGCUCGACGGGUUUUUUUUUCGGCCGCGCUUCUGCUGACAGUUUGAGCCGGCCAAGUUGUGUGUGUGUGUGUGUGUGUGUGUG